GGUCUGUAGAUAAUAUUGGGAGCGAUCCAGUUGGGCCUGUAUAAUUAUAUUAGGUCUGUUAUGGGGCCAGUAUAAUUUUAGGUUGGCGAUUUUUCGAACACAGCUUCACACAGAUAUAUAUCCACUAUUUGCUUUUUUCCUUUUUAAUAAAAUAAUAUAUAAUUAUUAUUAUCCCAAUUGAAAGAAGUUUUACACCAGCGACAGACGCUGCUCUAUCGGAAGAUCAUGAUUUCGCAUCUAUCGGAAGAUCAUGAUUUCGAGUUCUUCUACGUUAAAGACAUCUAUCUAAAAUUCAGGAUUUAGAGUGGAUAUCAUUAUCUGAUUUUCUUUAUGUUCGCUCACGUUUUCUCCAAACGAACGAGAUUUCUAGUACGGUGCUUUCACGUCGCUGAGAAAUUCUCGAAUCCUAAGCCGGAAGACAUUAUAUUUAGUGCCCUCUGUUUGAAUUUAAGACAAAGAAGAUGGAACACUCUUCAUCAGUUCUCCCCAAGUCUCACAAAUCCAUUGAUAACCCGAGUUCUUCACCAGUUUUGGAGCUCGCCGAAGCUAGCUUUAGAGUUCUACAAAUGGGUUUUAGGAAAUGAAACUGCGGUUAAUUUCUCUAAGAACCGUUUCGAAGUCUCUUGUGUGAUGAUUCAUUUGCUGGUCGAAUCGAGAAGAUUCGAUGAUGCUUUAUCAAUAAUGGUGAAUUUGAUGUCUGUGGAAGGCGGAAAUUUGAGUCCUUUACAUGUUUUGUCAGGUUUGAUUAGAAGUUACCAAGCUUGUGGUUCGAGUCCUGAUGUGUUUGAUUCGUUGGUUAGAGCUUGUACACAGAACAAUGAUGCUGAAGGAGCUUAUACAGUGAUUGAGCGAACGAAAGCAGAGGGCUUUUGUAUUUCUGUUCAUGCGUUGAAUAAUUUCAUGGGUUGUAUAUUGAACUUGAAUGACAUUGAUUGGUUUUGGAAGGUUUACAAGGAAAUGGAUUCUUUGGGAUAUGUUGAGAAUGUGAACACCUUUAAUCUAGUCAUAUACUCUUGUUGUAAGAAGAAUAAGCUGCUUGAAGCAUUAUCAGUGUUUUACCGGAUGUUGAAAUGUGGGGUUUGGCCUAAUGUUGUAAGCUUUAAUAUGAUGAUUGAUGGAGCUUGUAAGACGGGAGAUAUGGGAUUCGCUUUGCUGAUCUUAGGGAAGAUGGGAGUGAUGUCCGGAAACUUUGUCUCGCCUAAUGCUGUGACGUACAAUUCGGUUAUCAACGGGUUUUGCAAGGCGGGAAGAUUGGAUUUGGCGGAAAGAAUCCGCAUUGACAUGGUGAAAUCAGGUGUUGGUUGCAAUGAAAGAACCUAUGGAGCUUUGGUGGAUGCGUAUGGAAGAGCAGGAAGUUCAGAUGAAGCUUUAAGGUUGUGUGAUGAGAUGACGAGUAAUGGACUUGUGGCGAAUACCGUUAUCUAUAACUCUGUUGUUUAUUGGUUGUUCAUGGAAGGUGACACGGAAGCAGCUAUGCUGGUGUUGAGGGAUAUGACGUGUAAGGAGAUGCAAAUUGAUCGGUUUACUCAUGCCAUUGUUGUUAGAGGUCUAUGCAGAAACGGAUACGUUGAGGAAGCUGUUAAGUUUCAGAGAGAGAUUUCAGAGAAAAAACUCGUGGAAGAUGGAGUUUCUCACAACACGCUUAUGCACUAUUUGGUAAGGGAUAAGAAGUUGGCGUGUGCUGAUCAAAUUCAAGGGAGUAUGUUGGUUCGUGGAUUGAAUCUUGAUGUGAUUUCGUUUGGUACUUUAAUCGAUGGACACCUAAAGGAAGGUAAGUUGGAAAGAGCGAUCGAUAUCUAUGAUGGUAUGAUCAAGAUGAAACAAAAACCGAAUCUUGUGGUUUAUAAUUCAAUUGUGAAUGGAUUAAGCAAAAGAGGAUUGGCUGGUGCGGCUGAAGCAGUUGUGAAGGCAAUGGAAAGUAAGGAUGCUGUGACUUACAACACACUGUUGAACGAGUUUCUCAAAUCCGGGAAUGUCCAAGAAGCUGUCAGUAUCUUAUCUAAAAUGCAGAAACAUGGCGGUGAAAAAUUGGUUAGUCUGGUAACUUACAACAUUUUGAUAAAUCACUUGUGCAAGUUUGAUUGUUAUGAGAAAGCGAAUGAAGUUUUGAAGAUUAUGAUUCAGAGAGGUGUUGUUCCGGAUCUUAUAACAUAUGGAACUUUGAUUACAUCGUUUAGCAAGCAGCGAGAUCAAGAAGAAGUCAUUGAGCUUCAUGAUUACAUGGUUCUUAAUGGAGUUGAAUCUCAUGAACAAAUUUACAAAUCUAUUGUUAGGCCUAUUCUUGAUGGAAAAAGUGGAAGAGACCUAAAAGAGCCAUAGUCAAAAGGCAACGAAAGCUUUCUUGUUUGCAC